AUGGCUAGUAGAGUUACCGGUACCUGCUGUACGGCGUCCGUGGAGCGUGCUGGUCUGCCCGGUCUUUUGCGAGACCUGCAGCGUCUCUCUGAAGACCAGGACUCUGCUGACAUCGUGUUCAUACUCGGAACUGCUGAGGAAAAGGUCUAUGCCCACAAGAUUAUAUUAAUAGCCAGAUGUAAAAGCUUUCAAAACACGAAACGAGGUGAAAUAUGCCGAAUCCCUGGCUGCACUGUGUCGCCAUCUGCCGGAUCACAACCGACACCGAUACGCAUGCCACACGUGCAACCAGAAACCUUUCGACUUUUCAUACAAUAUGUGUACACGGGAAAACUGUUACUUCAAGAUUCUGGUGUAUUUGAAAUGAUGACAUUAGCAGCAGAUCUAGGAGUGGAAGAUCUCCGAGCAGCUUGUGAAGACCACGUUACAUCCACCUUAAGUGUUGAGAGUGCUUGUACUUUGUUAGCUGCUGCUAUGGAAAUUCAAGAUAGACCAGGAGGCAAAAGUGCAUCGUCUUUCAUGGAACGCUGCAUAGCGUUUAUAGGGGACAAUGCAGCGGACUGCGUGAAGACAAACUCUUUCCUAAAUCUGCCGAAAGAUGCUCUCAUCAAGCUCAUAUCUUCAGACUUUUUGUGCCUGGAAGAAGAAGAGGUGUGGCGCUGCGCACUGGCUUGGGCCAAGCAGCGCGCCGGCGUCACGCAGCCCACCGCGCACUGGACCGAGGAGGAGCGCGCGCGCGUCUGCGCGCACCUCGCGCCGCUCAUGGCGCACGUGCGCCUGCUGCUCAUCGAUAGUACGGUUUUCGCGGAGGAGGUGGAGCCGACUGGUGCUGUUCCCAUGGAACUCUCGCUAGAGCGCUACAGACGAGCAGCACUGCACGCCGCGCCGCGACCCGAGCGACACGAACCUCGUAUUGAGCCCGACAAGCGCACACAGCCGCGGUUGGCAGUGAACAUGUUCGCUGGCUCUGUGAUCCUGCAACAAGAUAAGAGUGCAUUCCAGUCUCUUAUUAACAGCUGGUGCGGUAGUCCGAAGCAGUCGUGGCGACUAGUGUUCCGCGCAUCCACGCAUGGCUUCUCCGCGCAGGCCUUCCACUCGCACUGCGACGGCGUUGCGCCCGUGCUAUUGCUGCUGCAGCCGGCGCGCGGCCCCCCGCUGGGCGGGUUCAGCAGCGCGGGCUGGGGGGCGGGCGCGGCGGGGGCGGGCGGCUACGUGCCCGCCGAGCGCGCCUGCCUGUUCGCGCUGUCCGACCCGCCCGCCGUCUACCCGCUGGCUAAGAAGGCCUUCGCGCUCUGCUACCACCCCGAUUGUGGUCCUAUCUUCGGUGCGGGCGCGGACUUGCUGGUGUCCAGCAACUGCCACGCCAACAGCGACAGCUACAGCAACCUUCACUCGUACGGGGACUCCCCGACGCCCGCCUCGCUUACACCUGACUACAACUUUACUGUCCGCGACUAUGAACUUUUUACACACGCUAACUAACCCCACUCGUUACAACCACUACCCUUUCUUAAUACCUCUAUCUGAUCUCAUCGCGUCUUCGGUCACUAUAUAUACCCUUCUCUAACACCCUCUGCUAUAAAAUAUAAAUAUAAUAAAAUACAAAAUUGUACACCAAAAAAGGGAUAUUUUACAUCAAAAAACUAUAUGAAUGAAGGAAAACAUAGUCAACCUUUCCAAAGGUAAAUAUUAUCUAUUAUUAUUUGAGUCUAGUAACACUUCUACAUACUGUCAUAUUGACCCCUCUCCUCCUCUAGACUUUGCCACUACCUUCCCUUAUACUAUCUGCUAUACAAAUUGUUAUAAUUUCUGACUAUUAACACCUAUAUACAAUCAAAACUAUCUGCUACCUACAGAUAACUACCACUACUGACUGCUACUCCUAUUAUUUAGAAAUAAAUAUGUUCUUAUAUACUUCAGUAUUGUUAUAUAAUUUAUUUACUCCUAGCUCUUAUUUUUUCUUUUAAUAGCAAAAGGCAAAUAGCUAAUCAUAUAAUAAGUCGUUUAUUAAAUUGUGUCAAUAUAAUGAAUAAUUGAGAAGAGUUAAUGACUUAUAAAUGCAUUAACCUAUACGGUUUACUCGUUCUAACUCUAAAAUAGCAAUAUUAACCUAAAGACAUUUGUGUGUACCGUAUAUUCAAAUAGGCAAAUCUAUUAGUACAAUAAAAGUAUUACGAAAGAAAAUUAUAAUUAUUAUUCUUAAAA